GCACCCCCUCAGGCAGGUCGCCCCUCGCAGCAUCCGCAGCCCACUUCCCCGAGUGAGGGUUCGCGGCCGUGCUGCCCGCGCAGCGUUCCCCGGAGCCGAAAGUCGAGUCCACGUGGGAAACCGGGCCUGUGUCGUGAGCCCGGUCCAGCCUUCGAGGGUCCUGCAGCUCAACAAGCCACCAGAGAGAGAGAGAGAGAUGGCCGGCGAGAAGGCGUCCAGGCGGCGCGGCACUCAAGGCUCGCUGCACCGCGACAUGGCGUACGACGACAAGCUUCGCGCCCUCAACGAGGAGCUGCUGUCCUUCCACCAGUACUGCCAGCAGGCGGGCUUCACCGCCGAGGAGAUGGAGGUGAUCUGCGCCCCGCUGGUGGACGCGGUGCGGGCGGCGCGGCUCCGCUCCACGGCCAAGACGACGGCCUUGGUGCUCGUGGCGGUGGGCGUGAUCGCGCUGCUGGCCGGCACCGUGUCCACCAGCCCCAGCCUGCACCUCACCGCGCUGGGCAGGCUGGUCAUGAUCAAGGUGCUGCCGUUCUGGGACUGGACCUCCAUCUUCUACGAGUCGUGCCUGGUGGCCAACCCCUUCUUCGGGCCGCCGCCAUUCGCCGAGGAGGAUUGCAUCGCGUGUGAGUCACUGGAGCGCGUCGACCGUCUCGCUGGAGUGUCCUACGACCACCUCCUGGACAACUACCUGAGCAGGGACGCCCCCGCCAUCGUGGUGGACGCCAUGGAGAGCUGGCCGGUCAUGGCCACGGACCACUUCUACUUCGACAACAUCACUCAGAUCUACCUCGAGGACGACAAGCUGCUGGACACCGUGCCCUGCAUCUUGACCAGCAACCUGCGCACCGGAUCGUCGGACCUGCACUCCUUCCUCAAGCGCAUCCGGAACCCGUCGGUCGAAAAGUGGUUCGUCCACUGGCAAAACUGCGACAUCCACGCCGUGAAGGCGCUCCGGAGAAUGUACCAGAGGCCCUACUUCCUCUCCAACUCGGUGUCCCCAGCGCACUUCAACUGGGUGCUCAUGUCCUCCAACUACAACACCAGCGUUUACAAGAAGGUCGAGCCUGACUCGGGUUUGAUCAUGCUGGCUCAACUGCGAGGCUCCACAGCCUUUCGCCUAACACCUCACAAGACCUGCAACUCGUCGUGCUCUCAACUAUUGGGAAAUUUGCACGAGGGAGAAAUGUUGGUCUUCACCAAUUUCAUCUGGUCAUUUGAGUAUUUCCCAGGCCGGAACUUAGAUAAUGUGGCAAUUCUCACAGAGACAGUGUGGGGAGAAAAUCUUUAACUUACCAAUGUGCAUAAAUUUAGAAUUAAUCUUUCAGCUUAUGAGUGAACGACUCAGCCUCACCGUGUUCAUUCUUCAAUAGUGUAUAAAAGCCAUGCAUUUUAUAAAUUGCAACGGAAAAAUAAAAUGCAUAAUGAAA